AUGGAAGAAUUAUGUUACACCAUUCUUGGAAUGGGUUUAGGAAUUGUUGUAUAACAAAUACAUGAGAAGUUAUCCAAAAAUAAAAAGUAGAAUAAGCCACAAUAAUAGAAUAUGGGAACAAAGAAAUAUUUGCCAUCUACUCCAGAUAUGAAAAAAGCAUAUCAAGAACAAAAAUAAAACUUUCUAAUUCGAUAAGCAUCUUAAUAAGAGGUUGGUGAUACAAUUAGAAAGAUAGUCAAAAUAUAAGGCAAAAUUUCAGGGUUUGAUAAUGAUGAUGAAUUGAAUUAUAUAAAUAAUUCAUAAGAAGAAAUUAAAGAAGAUAAUGACUCAAAAGAAGACAAUGAUUCAUAAGAAGAAAAGGCUUUCUAGCCAAAAACACCCAAUUUUUAAAAUAAAUCCUCGACCUCCUAAAGUAUUACAUUGAUCACAAAUUAACUAGUUUCUAGUUAGUUAUCUUUGGGAUAAUUACAAUCUAAUUAAUUUAGCGAUAGUAAAAAAAAUAUACCUCCUCCUGUUGAAAGUUAGGAAUAAAUUAUAAAUAGCAGCGAUUCAGAAUCAUGA